GCUGCCUGAGGCUGCUGAGGAGCAAGCCCGCAGAGGAGGCGGGGAGGCGGUGGCCCGGCUCGUUCGCUUCCAGGCUCCGCCAAGGGUCCGCCGCCGCGCCUUCUGCCGGUGUGCAGUUUGGUGGCUCUCUGCAGGAGCAGCCGCCGUCCGUCCGGGUCCCCGCUGCGGUCCUGAGUCUCCUGCUCCCGCCGACCCCGCGCGCGGGGUAGCCGGCGCCACCCACACCUGUGGAUCGGCCGUCGUCGCGGGUGUCCGCCGACCAGCGUGCGAGGCGCGUCCCCUCAGCCCGUCUCCGCGGGCAGAAAUGGGGCUCCCGGCGCUCGAGUUCAGUGACUGCUGCCUCGACAGCCCUCACUUCCGAGAGACGCUCAAGUCACACGAAGCGGAGCUGGACAAAACCAACAAAUUCAUCAAGGAGCUCAUCAAGGACGGGAAGUCGCUCAUCAGCGCGCUCAAGAAUUUGUCUUCGGCAAAGCGGAAGUUUGCAGAUUCCUUAAAUGAAUUUAAAUUUCAGUGUAUAGGAGAUGCCGAAACAGAUGAUGAGAUGUGUAUAGCGAGAUCUUUGCAAGAAUUUGCCGCUGUUCUCAGGAAUCUUGAAGACGAGCGGAGUCGAAUGAUUGAGAAUGCCAGCGAGGUGCUCAUCACACCCUUGGAGAAGUUUCGAAAGGAGCAGAUCGGGGCUGCCAGGGAAGCCAAAAAGAAGUAUGACAAAGAGACAGAGAAGUAUUGCGGCACCUUAGAAAAGCAUUUGAAUUUGUCUUCCAAAAAGAAGGAAUCCCAGCUACAGGAGGCAGACAGCCAAGUGGAUCUGGUUCGGCAACAUUUCUACGAAGUGUCCCUGGAGUAUGUCUUUAAGGUGCAGGAAGUGCAAGAGAGAAAGAUGUUUGAGUUCGUAGAGCCUCUGCUGGCCUUCCUGCAAGGACUCUUCACUUUCUAUCACCAUGGUUAUGAGCUGGCCAAGGAUUUUGGUGACUUUAAGACACAGUUGACCAUCAGCAUACAAAAUACAAGAAACCGCUUUGAAGGCACCAGGUCUGAAGUGGAAUCGCUGAUGAGGAAGAUGAAGGAAAACCCCCUGGAGCACAAGACCAUCAGCCCGUACACCAUGGAGGGGUACCUGUAUGUGCAGGAGAAGCGUCACUUUGGAACUUCCUGGGUGAAGCACUACUGUACGUACCAACGGGAUUCCAAACAAAUCACCAUGGUUCCAUUCGACCAAAAGUCAGGAGGAAAGGGGGGAGAAGAUGAGUCCGUUACCCUCAAAUCCUGCACACGGCGAAAGACAGACUCCAUCGAGAAGAGAUUCUGCUUUGAUGUGGAAGCAGUAGACAGGCCAGGGGUUAUCACCAUGCAGGCGUUGUCGGAAGAGGACCGUAGGCUCUGGAUGGAAGCCAUGGAUGGCCGGGAACCUGUCUACAACUCCAACAGAGACAGCCAGAGCGAAGGGACCGCACAAUUGGACAGUAUCGGCUUCAGCAUAAUAAGGAAAUGCAUCCAUGCGGUGGAGACCAGAGGGAUCAAUGAGCAGGGACUCUACCGAAUCGUGGGGGUCAACUCCAGGGUGCAAAAGUUGCUGAGUGUCCUGAUGGACCCCAAAGCAGCUUCUGAGACAGAAACUGAUAUCUGUGCGGAAUGGGAGAUAAAGACUGUCACUAGCGCUCUGAAGACCUACCUGAGAAUGCUUCCAGGACCACUCAUGAUGUACCAGUUUCAAAGAAGUUUCAUCAAAGCAGCAAAGCUGGAAAACCAAGAGACGCGAGUCUCUGAGAUCCAUAGCCUUGUCCAUCGGCUCCCGGAGAAGAAUCGGCAGAUGUUGCAGCUGCUCAUGAACCACCUGGCCAAUGUUGCUAACAACCACAAGCAGAAUUUGAUGACUGUGGCAAACCUGGGCGUGGUGUUUGGACCCACCUUGCUGCGACCUCAGGAAGAAACAGUGGCGGCCAUCAUGGACAUCAAGUUUCAGAACAUUGUCAUCGAAAUCUUAAUCGAGAACCAUGAGAAGAUAUUCAACACGGUGCCUGAUGUGCCCCUCACCAACGCCCAGCUACACCUGUCCCGGAAGAAAAGUAGUGACUCCAAGCCCCCAUCCUGCAGCGAGAGGCCCCUGACGCUCUUCCAUGCCGUGCCAUCUACAGAAAAACAGGAGCAGAGGAACAGCAUCAUCAACUCCAGUUUGGAAUCGGUCUCCUCGAGUGCAAACAGCAUCCUUAACUCUAGCAGCAGUCUGCAGCCCAAUCUGAAUUCCAGUGACUCAAACCUGGAUGUGGUCAAACCUACUCGGCCCAGUUCACUCUUCAUCAGCACACAGGAGCGUCCUAACAUCCUGCUUCUUAGCCUUGAUCUGUGACGCGCUGUUCUGCUGAGAUGGCUUUGCUGAUGGCUCUUGCCUGUGCUAGCUACAUGAAAAGCGAUUUUCUUCAGUGUUACAGCAUCAAGGAACUUAGCAGAUGAGUAACUGAGUCCGUUUUGCUCAUUCGUGUUGUCUCAGUUUUCCAUCCCCCCCCCGACAAAGCUGGCAGUGUUUGAUACCACUUUUAUGUCUGCUUCCAUACAGAAGAGCACUUGGUAUGGAGCAGCCCUGUGUGUCUUCUUGUUCGUUCUCAAACCUUAGUAUAAUUGUGAUCUUUGCUAGAGAAUAUAAAAGGAAUUUCUUAUUCCAUCUGGGGCUUUGAGCAUUUGUAGCCAAGAUAAAGUAUUGGGGAUAGUUGUCCAAUCCUCCACAGAAACUAAUCAACCAGGUCCAGAAGGUUCUGUCUUGUACUUGAGUGCACACUGCUCAGCAUGCUUCUUAGACCACCCCGUAAAUCCUGUCAGCUAGGGUCUUUGCAGAAAGAAUGUGAGAUUUGACCAGAGCAGCUGGAUGCUCAAGCGCCAGCUGUAGAAGAAUAGGGAAGCUGUUGACUUCGCUUUUCUCUAGUGAAAACAGAUUGAGCCUCAGCCCCAGGCUAUCUGCAGGCAGUUGUUUCUCUUGGUUAGACACCAACUACAGGAUGACAUGGGACAGCAGCACCUUUUCCCUGUCCCUCGGUGUGGUGUUCCAUGAUAUCAUCCCCUCCACUUCAGAUAUAUGUGUUAUCCACAAAAUAGGCCCAAUAUAUUGGUUUUAGAACAAACUAAUUGUUAUUAAAUGCUUAAGAAGAAAAACAACUCCAAAUUGGACUUCUAAAGUGUUUAUAAUAAACAUGUAGCUACAGCCUGAGGUGAAAUCUGAAACCAAGCAAGACAGGAUCAUCUUGGCUGUGAGCAGCUUAAGACAUGACAUCCAGGGGGUCUAAUUGCUGGCAUUCUGUCCCGUGCAUAGUGCGUGUGUUCACCAAGAAGUUCACCAGUGUCUCCAAAGCAUAGCGUAGUUAAAUUUCUCCAGCUUGUACACAGCCUCCUCUGCUUCUCCAUAGCUAGACUUGCUGUAUGCCUUCUCCAGCUCUUGUGCACCUGCUUCUCUGGCCAUUCAGCUCCUCUUUCAGAUCCCCCCCUUUUUUCCUCCUACCCUACUUCUUCAUUGGUCCUCUCAGCUCCUUCUUGUUUAAACUGGUGAUCUAGCAUAUGGUUACAGCUAUUCUUUGCAUGCUAUGAGCAAAGCUGAAACUCUAUCUGAUUUUCCCAACCAACACCAACCAGUGGUCUUUAAUCUUUGUUUCUAGCAGCUGGUAGCUUCAGCCCCUGAGUCACUGAGUACAGCAUGUACCAAGAGAUAGGUUAGCAGCUAAAUGCAAAGGGGAUAUGUCUUGUAAGCUGGGCUGGAGGAGGGGCCUUGGGAUAUCCUAAGGGUAUCCGUAUGUGAUUUGGUUUUUAUCAUUUAUUAGGAUCAUUUAGCAUGAAGUCAACAGUGAUUGAUUGAUUGAUUUAUUGAUUUCCUAGUUUAGAUUCAGGGCUUUUCCAGUGAAUGGAGGAUGACAUCAGGAAUAGUUGUACCUGUUUGUCUUUAGAAGAAACUGGAGUCCAACUCUGGCUCUAUCUCCUAUAAGACUGCUGUCCCCAGGCUGAGCGAGUCACUGGCUCAUCCCUAUUGAUCUGGAAGUUAGGAAGACAGAAGCGGUGGACCUGGCACCAUAGUACCAGGCUUGCUCAUCCCUCUGUGAAGGCUGUGACAAAGUCCCUAGAAACUCUGCAGCAGUCAUUGGCCAUUUGCUAAGGCCAAAGUGUGUUCUUGAUUCCUGCCUUCACAGCUUCUCAGCCUAGAAUUGGCCUGGGUGGACCAUAGGGUGGCAGUUAAGUAGUUCUGACAAAUGGAAGUCACUGCAUUACUUGAGUAAAUUGUUUCUCAGAUGUCUGUCAGCUCUCUGUGCUGUGCUGCUUGGGCUGGGUCACAACCCACACUUCACUUCUCCAUCCUUGUUCCUUCUGAGCUGUUUAGAGAUGUGAUACAGAUGGAAAUAAAAUGUGGCCAGAGUGGGGGCAGAAGAUUACCAUUCCUCUGCCUAUUAAUUAGGUAUAAUGUAAGGAUCACAUCACCAGGAAACUACCUGCUCUUUUUAGUUUUCUCAUCCUCCCCCCAACCCCGUUUUUUCAUAACACGCUGGUUGGUCAUCAUGGCCAUGUAGAAAUUAUAAUGAAAGACACAUGUUUAUUGCUCAUGAUCUGUUACUCAGAUGGCACAUCUAGUUCUCCCAGGACAUGGAGGCCCUCUUGUUGGUGUGAGCAUAAAGCUACUUUCAACAUCCAAGUCAGUGUUGCCAGCAGCCCACCCAUGCUAGGACAUAGCUGCUGUAUGUCAGUCUUGAGUAGCUCCUCACCUAGCUUCCUGCAGUCACCAGGUUUCUUCCAAGGACCAAAGGGCAGUUGAUAAUCUAGCACCAGACUCUAGCUGGUCUGCAAGUAUCAACAAAUCUUGUUGAGCCUAUUUUGUGCCCAGACCUCUGUAAAGCUACUUAGGGUAAACCAGAAGAGCAGAAUUCCUGCCCUUCCUAAAUUUACACUCAGGCUAAGAAGGGUAGACCAGGCAUGAGCAGAGCUGCAUGAUACUUGCAGCUCAUGUCUUCAGAAUCAGUGUAAGCGGAGUAUCUGGUUACAUCCAUCAGAGGGAAGUAGUGAGAAAAGAGAGGUAGAGAGAGUACGAGCUAUGCAGGUGCUAGGGGAGAACUAGGUGGAUGGGACAAGGAAGUCCAGUUAAUCCAACAUAGACUGACACAGCUUACUGACAGGUGUGCUGUAGGGAAAUUGCCGGGUUAGGGGAGGAGACUGGCCAGCCUUUAAAGCCAAGAAAUUCUAUAUGAAAAUUCCAUAUUCCAUUCUGGGCAUAGAUAUUAAAAACAAAACAUUAUCCAGACACCAGUCUUCUACUUUCACAUACAUUAACUCCAGGUAAAUUAUAGUUCUGAAUAUAAAAUGCUCAGUUAUGAGCUUAGAUAA